AGACGUUCUCUAGUUGGUGCUUGUAAUUGUUGGUAAACAAGAACGUGGAAAAAGGAUUCUUAACAAUUUUUCGUUUGCGUAACUCGUGCUACAAACAGGGUCAAUAUGCCAAAACAUGGUUUUCUGACUCCAAAAGCUAUUGCAAACAGAAUAAAAGCCAAAGGUUUGCAAAAAUUGCGGUGGUACUGCCAAAUGUGUCAGAAACAAUGUAGAGAUGAAAAUGGCUUUAAAUGUCACACAAUGUCUGAAUCUCACCAGCGUCAACUCCUUCUGUUCGCUGAAAACCCUGAUAAAUAUGUUGAUGACUUUUCAAAAGAAUUUUUGGAUGGCUUUGUGCACCUCUUGAGCAGAAGAUUCGGAACCAAGCGUGUUCAUGCGAAUCAAGUGUAUCAAGAAUAUAUAGCAGAUCGCAAUCAUUUACAUAUGAAUGCCACUCAAUGGGAAACACUGACAGAUUUUGUGAAGUGGUUGGGCAGAGAAGGACAUUGUAUUGUUGAUGAAACAGAGAAGGGAUGGUUCGUUACCUACAUUGACAGAGAUCCAGAAACUAUCAGAAGGCAAGAAGCUCUGCUAAAAUCUGAGAAAAUGAAGCUUGAUGAUGAAGAAAGAAUGGCUAAGUUCUUCCAGAGGCAAAUGGAAAAAGAUCGCGAAAAAUCAAAACCUCCAAAAGAAACGGUAUACACCGAACUAAAAAAGUCUAGUGAAGAAGAAAAAGUUGCGUUCAGUCUUAAAACUGCAAGUGAGAAAGUCAAAAAGGCACCAGUCGAUUUGAAACAAAAUCCAUUAUCAAAGUUGAGUAAGUCAAGUGCUGAAGUGAAAGCAAAAGAGCAUGAAUCAUCUACAUCCUCAAAGAAAACUACAGAUAGUGCUUCUGAUACCAAAAAAAGAAAACAUGCAUUGGAAGAAAUUAUUGAGCUAGAAGAGGAAAUGAGAGAGAAAAAAAACAGAAAAGAUCACUGGCUUGCCCCUGGUAUCGUCGUGAAGAUCACUUCUAAAAAAUUUGGGAAAUUUGCUAAGAAGAAAGUGGUAGUGAAGGAAGUAAAAAACAAUUUUAGUGCUGUAGUGGAGCUUUUAGAUGAAGAAGAGUUUCUAAAUGUUCAUCAGACAGAUGUAGAAACUGUCAUACCUGCUGUAGGCAGAAAAUUGCUCAUUGUGAACGGUGCUUAUAGAGACACAAAAGCUCUUCUCUUGAGUGUGAAUUUUGAAACAUUUUCUGUAAAAGCACAACUUAUAUCUGGACCCUUUAAAGGGAAAGUUAUAGAUUCCAUCAAGUAUGAAGAUGUUUCAAAAUUGUAUAAUCAAUCUUGAUAUCGUACUUCAUAAAUAUAAAUCUUGUAUAUAAAAUGUUUCUUCACGCAACUUGUUAUGAUUAUGUUGUUUGAAAAUGUUUCAUGUGAA